AUUAAAUGAAUCAAAAUAUUGAAAAUGCCAUCGAUUUAGAGAAUGAUGAACUCAUUGUUGAAAACUGUAUAUAAAUAUUCUUUACAAUAAGACAACAACGAUGAUUAAGAUGACUUAUUAGUUUCAUAACUUCAAGAGAUCCUAAUAUCUGAAGAUUUUGAAAAAUUAUCUUAAGAUUUCUUACGUGAAAAAUGCUUAGUUUUUGAUGAAACAGAACAAAAGGAAUACAGAGAUAUCUUUAAAUUGUACUAAAGUGCGAUUUAGUUAUAUUUGAAUGAAGUAUGAUAAUGAUUGGGUCAAUUUAGAAACUUAAAGUUGAACUCACUCUUUAAAAAUUGUAAUCUCUCCCUUUGGAUGAAGCUAUAAAUGAAACUUUAGCAUCAUUAUUUGAUUAUGAUUUAUUUAAAGACAUAAUGGUAGAAACAAGAAUUAGAGUUGAAGAGGAGGAAAGGACUAUUAAAAAAAGCACUAAUAAAGCCACUAAAGGAUAUAAAUAAGCACCAUAAUAAAAUAUCUUUAGUACAGGAUAAGCAAUAUAAUUUGAAAAGAAGCCAUUAAAAAAUGUAACAUUUAUUCAAAUUUUAUAGUAACCACCAUAAGAUUUAAGACCUGAUUUAUUCUUCAAUAUAGUGCCUUUAAGCACACCAAAAGUAAACAGAAAAUAAGCUUGAG